UUUUUCCUUUGAAAGUAGAUAAAAGUCCAAGAAGUGACAAGCAUCCCUCAAGUGGGUGCACAUAUAGUCUGGAGCAUUCUUUGCUGAAGAGUGAUAGCCAUGUGAUACCAAUUUUCAGUUUCAUUCCUGACAAGAUAAUAUAUCAGGAACAGUUGGUGGAGAUGGCUGCUUAUUCUGGUGCACAGGGUCCUUCUAUUCCACCAAUGCCAUACAGUAGUAUGACACCUUACCCUCCUAUGACAAUGAACCCUUAUGGCAUGGGCAACAUGACAUGGAUGUCUCAAUGGCCAGCUGGAAUGCCUCAGCAGCCAAUUACCCUUCAAAAUCAGGAACUCCUGAAACAAUUUGGUGAUCAAUUUACCAGGUGGGAGAGUGACUUCCAGAAGUGGAAGGAGGGUAACAAGCAGCAUUCCCAUACUAAGGAAUACAAAGAUUAUGAACAACAGUGGAGCACAUGGAAGGGACAGUUGGAGGCAAAAAGAAAAAUGCUUGAAGAACAGCUUGCAAAGGAUGAGCAGGAAGCAGCUGCAGAGUUUUCUCAAGAGAACACUGCCAGCCAAAGUCAUGCUGAUAGUCAGCAAAUGUUUGAUAUACAAACUCACUCAACUGAACAUUCAGCUAGUCUUGUUUUUGGGGAUCAGCAUAAUCUUGGUGCAUCUGUAUAUAAUCCCUUUGCUCACACCAGUGCUCAAAACUUCUGUCCUGCCAAUGGGCUUCCAUCAUCUCAGUUAUUCCCAGCUGGGGCUCCAAGUAACAUCCAACAGUAUAGUGCCAUCGGGAACCAAAGUGCACCUCCUCCAUUAUUUCCAUCUGUGCCUGCACCUUAUAUUCCAAUGGGGGUACAACAGACAACACCGUCUCUCUCUUCUGCAGGAACUGAUGCACUAAUGCAACAGGACACUACUGAGUGGUCAUAUUCAGGCUCUGGAAUGCAUGAGCAGCAAGGUGGCAUGGUAGAAUAUGGACGAGGAAGCAACUUCCCUUAUGAAUCUUCAGAGAAUAGUACAACAAUAGGACCUCCAUCCAUGUACUCUGGUCCUGGAACCAGGCAGUCUCCCAGAUUUCCAACUGUUGGUUCAAACUAUCCUCAAGAGCCUUGGAAUUUUGAAACAUCUGGUAGCAACCAAUUUCAGAUACAGGGACAAGAUCAAAGUCAUUCUGCAGUGCCACCUCAUGGGCCUUCCAGAGAUAUAAGGCCAUCAUUUUCAGCACCUGCUACAAACCUAAGACAACCAAGACCACCUAUGGGUGCUGAGACAUCUUUUAAUGGCAUGAGACUACCUCAUGGAGGAACAGGUGAUAGACUACCUGGACUACGACCUCCAUUCAAUGCUGGAAGUUUUCAGGGCCCAAGGCCUCAAUUCCCUCCAAGUCAGGAUAUGCACACAACAUCCAGGGGUGCUGGAGUUCCAUUCAGUGGACCUAAUGACAGACACAAGGACAUUAGGGCUUCUAGAUUUUCUGAAGAUAACCCAGAACUUAUAAGAAGGCCACCUCAGUUUUCAAACCUUGAUUUUGAAUCAAGGGAGCCCCCAUUCCAAGGAGACAGGCCACCAAAUUUCUCUGGCAUUAGACCAUCCCCACAUCCCCAGGACAAAGACACUUGGGGGAGGGAGAGAUCUCAAGGAGGCUUUGAAGGUGAUUAUUCUGAAGGCAGACUUGAUGACAAGGAUUUCAAUAGGAGAGAAUGCCCACAAGAAUUUGGUCGAGAUGCAUCCUUCUUGGGCUUUGAUCGAGAAGGACCUCCACCUGAUUUUGGAAGAGUUCCUCGAGGCUACAGUAGUGGCCCUCCUGGUUUGGGACGAGAUGGUCCUCAAAACUUUGGCCAAUGUGGACCUCACUCUGAUGUAGAUCAAGAUGUGCCUCCUGAUAUUCAAAGAAAUGGACCUGGUUUUGGCCGAGGUGGCCCAUCAGGCUUUAGUCGAGGUGGUCCUGGUUUUAACCGAGGUGGUCCUCCUGGGUUUGGUCGAGGUGGGCCUUCUGGUUUUGGCCGAGGUGGUCCAGGUUUUGAUCGAGGUGGUCCUCCUGGGUUUGGUCGAGGCGGUCCUCCUGGUUUUGGCCGAGGCGGUCCUCCUGGUUUUGAUCGAGGUGGCCCUCCUGGUUUUGGCCGGGGUGGUCCUUCAGGUUUUGGCCGAGAUGACUUCAUGAGACGGCCGCCAAAUGAAUUCCCCAGACCUGGAUUCUCUAAUGAUUUUAUGAGCCAUGGACCACCACAUCCAACAGAAGACUUCAUGAGACGUGGCCCUCCUGGGCUGGAGAACUCUCAUGGUCAAAGCAGAGGGCCUGGUUCCUUUGAUGCACAGAGCAGGAAUUUUCCUCCACAUGAUCUUGAAAGUGAUUCUUUCAGUCAUAAUAGAUUAGGUGAAGAUUCUCUUAGGUUUCCUAAGAAUGACUUCAGGAGAGAUUUCCACCCAGAUUUUAGAGGACAGAGACCACCUAGACUGAACCCUUUACCAUUUGAUCAAAGAGGUUCCAAUGAUAUGCAACCAGAUCAACGGAAUCCCCCUAAAUCAUUCCCUGCACCAAGACCGAUGGAUGAUUGGACAUCACGUCGACCAUUUGGACCUGAUGAUUCGUCAGCUUCAUUUUCUGCAAAUGAUCCCCCUAGAGGUUCUUCGGAAGAGUCUCCAAGGGACUUCCCUCCUCAAGGUGAUAGAUGGUGUGGUCCAAAUCAACCACAUGAUGAACGACCAUGGCUGAGAGGCAAUCAGGGUUUUUCUGGUCCAAGAUUUCCUAACGACUCUCUGCGUCAGCCCCUGUUGAAUGCUCCAAGGCCUCUGAUGGGUCCUCCUGGCAUGAGACCACAGCAUGGUACAUUAGACUCAGGGCCAAGGGGUCACUUCUCAGGACAAAGACCUUUCGAACCUAGGGGAUUUUCUUCUGGUCCAAGAUUCCCACCACCACAGCCAACACCAGUAUUGACAGAACCAAUCUCAACUGAACCAAAUAUGGAGCGAAAGACUUUUGUUGCAAGAUCUGGAUGGUCCAUGCUGAUGGAGAUUAAACCUGAGCUUGAAGAAGAGAAACUCAAGGAAAAGCAAUCUACUCCUGGGACUGACACCAAGCCUGACAAUAGUAAGGGUGGACACAAGCAAGAGGAGUUAAAAACAGCAGAAAACAGAUUUGAUCAAAUGAAAGGCAGUGAUGCCAAGGAGAUUGAUGAUUUCACUGAAGAUGAUAUCAGAAUGUCAGCUGAUGACUGGGCCACAUCAAAUGAGAAUAAUACCCUGCUUCAACCACCCCUUGCUUCAGUGCCUGAAAAACCUGCAGGUGCUGAAGAAUUGAAUGUACCAGAGCCUCUGAGCAAUAGCAAGUCUGAACAGGGUAUACCAGGUCUGGGUGAUGAAAGCAUGCCCAGACCUUCUGCUGUUGAUGAUGGUAGCAAUAUGCAAUCUGAGCAGGCAGGUUUGAGCAAUCCUUCAGAAACAAAAAUCAUGUCCUCCCCUAUGCAGGACACUUCUUCUCAGGUCACAUCUCCAAGGCCCCUGCUUCUGGGUACCCUUUCUGGAGCAACACCUUCAAAAUUACCCCUCCUUGAGACUCCUUCAAAAUCAAGGCUUCAGCUACCAGAUAUCCCAUCAAGUGCAACAAAGCGACCCCUUCUAGAAACUCCUACAUCAGGAGCACAAUUGGGACCUGAAGAGAACAGCUCAGAGAUUCCCUCAAAGGUUCCUCGCCUAAUGUCACUUGCUCAGGAAUCCAAGAUCUCACUAUUGAAUGAAGAUGGCUCUGAGCGCCAAAAUAGGAACGAAGAAGAAAGAAUUUCACCCUUGAAUCAAGGAAGGCAGCAGUCAAGAUUUGAGGGGCAUGGGCAGUACCGAGGAAUGGCUUUCCGUGGUAGAGGAGGCCAUUUUGGUCGAGGUGAACCUGAAGAUUCCAGAAGACAAAGAACCAGCAUGGAAAGAGAACAUCCUUUUGAUGGCCGGGGCCCACGUUGGGAGCGUAAGCAGUAUGAUGAGAGAGAUGAACAGUUUGUGCCCCAUCCCAGGGAAUUUAGAGGAAUGGAGAGAGGAUUCAAUGAUGACUUCAACAGGCAUGAUCAUCCGCGAGAUUUCAAUGGGCCACCUGACCCAUGGAGGCAUCGGCAGCAUCCUGUUCUCAGUCCGAACCAUUUCCAUUCUCUUCAUCUUGACAGGGGGGGUAUGGACUUGUCCUUCCCGGGUGAUGCUGAAGAAGUGGUUGACUAUGGGCAUUCUGUUGUGGAUUAUGGGCAUGCCAUGACUUCGGUCGAUGCAAGCUCACGAGGGCUAUACGAACGUCGUGGGCCUCCCGAACCCAUGCUGAAUCGUGAUUGUCCUGGCAAGGACCAUUUGUUUGAUGAUCGACAUUGGGAGAGAGAUCGAUCUCCUUUCGAUCAGCGUGAUAUGCCUCCGUAUGGAGAACGAAAUUGGAGAGGGGGUCAGUCAAGAAGACGUUCCGUAGAACCAGAACGCCGAUGGGGAUGGAAUCCUGAACGAGAGCGGAAAUGGGACCGUGAUUGGGAACAAGAAAAAGACUGGGACAAAGGGAGACCCUCUACCUCAUUACGGACACCAAGCCCUACACCACCCCGACCACCUCCUCCACCUGCCAUUGAUCUUGUAGCUCCCAAGCCAGAAGCAAUUCUCAUCGAUGACCUCUUAGUUCCUCCAGGACGGAAAAAUCGACCACCUUACCUUGUUGUCAUUCUUCGUGGCCUCCCUGGUUCUGGGAAGAGCUAUGUCACCCGCCUGAUCAAGGAGAAGGAGGUGGAACAGGGUGGAACUGCUCCUCGGAUUCUAUGUCUGGAUGAUUACUUCAUGACAGAAGUUGAAGUCACAGAGGUUGAUGACAAUGGCAAAAAGGUCAAAAAGAAAAAGAUGCAGUAUGAGUAUGAAGCAGAGAUGGAGGAGGAAUAUAGAGCCAGCCUCAAACGUUCCUUUCGAAAGCAGAUAGAUGACAAAUUCUUCAAUAUUAUCAUUGUGGACUCAGUCAAUAACAAAGUUUCUCAUUUUGACACCAUGUGGUCCCAUGCGAAGCAGAAGGGGUUUGAGGUGUAUAUUGCCGAGAUGGAGAAUGAUCUCACACUGUGCAAGAAAAGAAACCCACACCAGCGAUCUCCAAAGGACAUUGAGGCCAUGGCCAGAUCUUGGGAAGAGGCCCCCUCAUACUAUCUCCGUCUUGAUGUUCGCUCACUCUUGCAGGCGGAUGCUAUUCAAGAGGUUGAGAUGACAGAGCACAAUGAUGAUGUAGAUUCAAAGAAGCCAGACAAAGAAGAGGAAGAUGAUGGAGGGAAAGAAGACGAGUCAGCGGAUCUUGGCCAGUUCAAGAGCAAGUGGGACAACAUGGAGAUGACAGGAAAGCGUCUCGAUAUCUUGGAUGGGUUAAGCCUGCAUAAACUAAAGUCCCAUGAGAAGCCACAGAGUCUUGAAGAUUGGCUCCAGCUUCCAGAUGAUUACGAGAUGCGAACAUCUAAGCCAGGGAAGAAAAGGGUGAGAUGGGCUGACAUUGAGGAGAGGAGGGAACAGAAAAGGAUGAGAGAUCUGGGCUUUGUCAUCGGACAGACCGACUGGUCACGCAUGACAGACCCAACUUUGGGAAGUUCUGCCCUCACCAAGACCAAAUACAUCUGACCUCAAUGGGUCACCUAGAUUUCCAGUAUCGUCUGAUAUCCACCUGGUGCAGUUGAAAUGCAUGGUGUGUACAUUCUCAAUUGCCUGUUUGUACGUGCAUGGAGAGUAUUAAGUUUUUAGUCUGUUUAUUCAUUGAUGAAAAACAUGAGUGAUGAAGCCAUUGAAAUUGGAUUUUAAUGGCAUUUGAAGUGAUUUGUUCAAUGUUCUGUGGGUUAUGCUAGGAACUUCAGUUAUCUGCAUAAAAGAAAAUACACUGCC